AUGCAUGGGCGACGGCGAGAAGACCUCCCCGUUCUGUCUCCUGAGAAGCGGGAGGCCCAGAGGCAGAAAAUCAGGCAAGCAUUUGCCCUUUUGCAGAAGUUGCUUACACAGCGCAAGUCUGGGAUCUUCGCCCCCGAGGUGCUGCAAGGCACCCGCAAGCUAAUCGAGUUUCAUCCCGAACUCUCCACGAUUUGGAAUUACAGACGCGAAGUCCUUAUCCGCAUCCUGGAGAAACCAUGCGAGGCUGCGCCCGAAGGACUGAGAGCGCCUACGGAAGAAGGAUACCCUGACAUGCCCACAAGCAUCGAGAGCAGCUCUACGCCAUCGUCAUGUUUUGUGCCCCCUUCAGAGGUCGCCAGAAACGUCACCGCCUCAGAAAGCAGCAGCAACAGCACUCAGUGUUUUUUCUGCCGGCGCUACAGUCGUUUGCUUCAAGUAUUGCGGGAUGAAAUGCAGAUCACGACGAACAUCAUCACAAGUGGCUCCGCGAAGGCGUACUGCGUCUGGCUGCACCGUUCUUGGACCCUUGCUCGCCUUGCCGCUCAUGAGUUCACACGACAUUCACUGCACGCGUCUGCACAUCCCCCGUCUUCGCCUUCUCCCCCCGACACAUUAAAGAGGACAGUGGAUGAAGAGGAAGACCUGCAGCUGCAAGAUUCCCCUUUGGAGCAGCCCGCCCAUCUAUUGCAUACGGAUCAGCAGCCGCUAAAGAAAGAGCAGGACGAACAAGCCUCUGUGUGUGGCUGCUGCAAGGCACUUUGCCCUACCGUGAAUCCCACUCCCAUAAACCCAUCUGCCCGCACAUGCGGCUUGGAUGCGGCCGUACAGUUGCUGCAGGACGAGGUGAAUGCCUGUGAGAGGCUUCUUACGGAGGCGGACUGCAGGAACUUCCACUGCUGGCAGCACAGAGCCACAGUCCUCGUGUGGCUCGCCGCUUUUAUGCGAUAUCGAGAUCGGCAACGCGAUGGGCAAGAGAAGGAAAGCGAUUGCUCCAGUAAGAAAAAUGCGCAAUUUCAGGCCUGGACGGGCCCAGUUGAUUCUGCACUGUGGCCUCUAGGAGCAAGGUGGGGGAGGGCUUCAAAAGCUGUACUUUUUCGACUAGAUACAGCGCUGUCUCUGCUGCUGAUUCAGUCUGACUUCUCGAAUUACUCCGCUUGGCAUCUUCGGUCGAUGCUGCCAGAGGUGCAGCAAAACAUCAAGGAGGAGCUGGAUCGUCUGUGGCACGCGCUCUACACGGAUCCCUCGGACCAAAGCUUGUGGCAGUAUUAUAACAGUCUAUUUACUGUCUCUGGGUUGGAAGCGGCUGGCCUGAGUCUGACUCACCUACCCGCCAGACCUGACCCCCGGCCCGCCACCUUUCCUCCAUGUGCAACGACGCAGCUGAUGUCUGGCCGUUUAUCGCACCUUCCAUCGCCAGUGUGGAACUUUGUGCUUCCCCCGGAUAGCUCUGCGAGGGAUAUCCUCAAGGAGCCUCUCCGUGUGCACUUGGCAUUGUCUCAGUACGGUGGCUUCUUGGCGGAUGAGGGCAGAGGCAUUGAUGCCUUUCACUUGCAAAGACUUAAAUCCUUCUCUCCAGAGCUUGCACCCAUUGCCAGCCUACCUGCACAGAGGACAUACCGGGAACCCGCGGAGCCUCUGCUCUCGGGAGCUUCUGAGAUUCCUCAUCCUGCUGCAGAGGACUCCUCUGACGCCCUUUCCUCGGCUUCCUUCUUAUGGAAGUGCCACACCAUCAUACCCUGCACCGAUAGCAAGCGACCGUCGGAGGCCGGCAAGGGGCCAACAGAGCUAUGGGCCAUUUGCCAUCGUUUGAGCUGUACCGGAACCGGCUGUGGAUGCUCCGUAGUGAAGGAGGACGCAUUUAAAGAGCAGGCAGCCGCAACAGCAGAUCCAGAGGUUACAGCUUUUGCUGAGGCUGUCGCAGCCGCGGGGGGCUGUUUGCCUGAAUAUGUCUCGGCGGAUCUGGUAAAAACAGAAAUAGAGCGACUGGAGGAGUUCUUUGAGCAUGAGUCGGAAUGCGCAGGCGGCCAACUCAGCAAGGUGAUGCUAGACUGGCAUAUACCAUUUCUGCCCUACCUACGAGAACUGCAUGUCUGCGGGACGAAGAUCUCGCAGCUUUCCCUUCUUCUUCUCUCCGUGGCUCAGCUACCCUGCAUCUACAGGGUGGACGCUACCGAUACUCAGCUUCUUCCCGUUAAUGAGGACCCUGCGCUUUCCGAAGACGAAGACCUCAUAGAAGCCCUGGGGGCAUCGACACUACAGGAGAUUGUCGUAUCUGGAACGCCGUUGGCUCGGUCCCUAGCCCAGUCGAAAAUACCAAACCUGACGCUCUGUAAACACUUCAUUGUUCGCGUGGAGGACGCGCGGAAAGACAGUCAUGGCACUGCCUGUAAACACUUGAUUGUUCGUGCGAAGGACGCGCGGAAGGACAAUCAUGGCGCUGCAUCGAAGACCGAAGUAACAGUUGAACGCCCACAUUCGGCAUAUUUUUUUUGA